CCUACAUAUUGUUAGGGUGCAAAGACGUACCCCUUUUAUGGGGGAAUCCCACAUAACCUCAACAUGGGUUGGAAUUAGCCUUAAACCUUUUCCACCAAUUAAAAAAAAAGGAUGCAAAGGCGGCCUUAAGUCCUUAUUUUAAUUUUAAUAUGUAUUCUUUUUUGUUUCUAAAUCUUAUAUAACUUAUAUACCGACUAGAAGUUUCCCGAUUUCGCCCGCUUUUAUUUUCAGUUUGUAAAAAACCCGCAGGAGCCAGGAUGCAAACUAUUUUUGUGCAAAAUUUCACUAAGAUUAGUUUAGCGUUCAAUCUUUGGGAACUUUUACCAGCAGAUAGUACAGUUCAACAGUUGAGCCGAAAAUAGGUAACAAACAACACAGACAAACUUUCGCAUUUAUAAUAUUAUUAUGUAUGAUUGUCUAAAUUAAACUGAAAAGCAAAUAUACCCAAAGUAACUGUUUAUUUAAUAGAUUAGAUUAAUAUUUUAUCAAGAUUAUGUUAAUUAUUUUAUUUGUUAAGCUUAUUUACUUUAUUCUACUUCUUUUAUGUAGUUACUCAUUAAUAUAAUAAUUGUUUUUAUUACUGGAAUGUACAUUAACACCCGCGACUUUAUCCGCACUUAGUUCUGAACUACUUGCAGUGUUACCCCUGUUGAAUAAGUCGGAAGGAAGCAUAUUUGGUGUGAAAAUACGAAUUUUGCUUUUAACAGCUCUUGGAAAUUUAAUACAAACGGUUACCACGGGAUUUGUAAAAAACUAAUAAAUGCGGGGCAAAGCUAGUUUGCUAUAAUUCCAAAUUCAAAUGACAAAAUCAUAUGAGCUAAUCUAAUAAAUAAGAAACGACUCUUACGAAAUCACAGACCAGACAGACAUUCCAAGUUUAAUAAUUAUUUUUAUAGUUACAUAUAGAUAAUAAUAUAUCACGUAUAAAUUCGCCCUUGAUAGGAGCACAAUUUUCUUUAUCAACAAUCGUAUACUGUAAUUUGGUACCUCAGUAUUAAGUGUUAACUGAUCAGAUAUGUACACAAAUAUUUGACAGACAUAUCACAAAUCUAUCUAGCAAGAUUUCUAUGUAUAGGUAUAUAGUUUUCAUAUUUUGUUAUUGUCUUAUCAUCGACGGAGUGUAUCACAGAUAUGUAAGUGAAAAAACCUAAGUAUAUAAUUUGCGAUACCAUCUACGUGUGUAUUGUCAUAGUAUAUUUAUUUAUUUGCUGAGGAUAAUUUGUUUUUUCUUAUUUUAGUUGAGGUGUUUAUUAUAUACCAGUAAAUAUGGCUAAACAAGGUUGGCCACGACUAAUUCUAUACAAGAACCCCGCUAGCCCGCCUUCCUGUGCGGUUAUGAUAUUAGGAGAUAUCCUGGGACUUACAUUCGACUACAAAGAACCGGAACUGAGAAAACGAGAACACAAGAGUGCAGAGUUUAAAAAGAUAAAUCCAAUGGGAACAAUUCCUGUUCUGCAAGAUGACGACUUCAUUGUGUCUGAAAGUCACGCAAUAAUGAAAUACCUCCUAAACAAGUACGGAGGGGCUUUACAAGAGAAGUUGUACCCAAGCGAGCCGCGACAGCAGGCGAAAGUUGAUCAGUGUCUCUUCUUCGAGGCGGGCGUACUGUUUCCCAGGCUGAAGGCUGUGGCGCUACCCUCAUUCUUUCACGGCCUUGCGGGACCCACAUCCCAGCACUUAGAGGACAUUGAAGAAGCGUACUCAGUUGUAGAGGCGUAUUUGAAUGGAGAUCGGUACAUCGCUGGCGAUCGCAUUACCAUCGCUGACCUAUCACUCGGCACCACUAUUAGCGCUGCGGAAGCUAUACUAGAGCUGGAUAAGAAAAAAUUUCCCCUAAGUGUCGCGUGGCUGUCCAGAUUGCAAGAAGAAGAUUGUUUCAAGGAGAUUAACAACCCUGGUGCGGCGUUGUUUACAAAGCUGUUGCAUAUGAGUUGGCAAAAAAAUAAAAAUUAACUUUCA